AAUCCAGAUCCCUCAAUUCUGCGGGUUGACAGCAACUACUUUCUUGCAACCUCUUCCUUGGAGUACUGGCCAAGUACGCCAAUUUACACGUCCAUGGAUCUCGGUAACUGGACGUUGUACUCUCAUGCAUUCACGAGGUCCAGCCAAGUGCAAAUGUACGGCAUCCCUACGGGGGCUGGUAUAAAUGUAGGCACUUGGGCCCCGACCUUGUCUCAUAUCAACGGGCUGUACUACCUGGCAUCCAUGACUCGAUGGACCUUUAACCCUGUUGCUCGUGUAUGGCCGCGCGUAAUCUGGUCCGUGUCUGAGGAUCUCAAGUCUUGGAGUGAGCCGAUUUGGUCCGGUUGCUGGGGGACUGACCCAUCAUUGUUCCAAGACCUGGUCUCCAAGAAGGUCUACCUGAACCUGAUGGCGCCAACUAACGACGUUGACAGAAUUUGGGGCAUCUAUCAGUGUGAGGUUGACCUCAGCUCCGGACUAUGUGGUACCGAUGAUCUCCAUCGUGCGACAAUCGCACGUUCUUCAUCGCCUGAGGGUCCCUGGGAACCGGAUCCAAACAAUCCGAUCCUGUUCAACGGUCACUACGGUUAUGACAACCUCACAGUGCAGUCCACCGGCCACGGUACCAUUUUCGAUACGCCGGACGGGUUAUCGUAUAUUGCGUACCUGGCACGCCGCAAAAUCAAUGGAUCCUCUCCGUUAGGCAGAGAGACUUUCUUGUCCCCAGUUACUUGGCAGGAUGGGUGGCCAGUCGUCAACGGAGGGCAACCUGUGCUCCUGAGUGAGCGAAUUGGGAAUCUUAGCGAUAAUCCUGACGUGCGAUAUCCAGCGUUUAGAGAUUCAUUCGAUGAAGGCGUCCUCGACCCUUCUUGGUAUCAGCUUCGGACCCCUUAUACCCAGAACUUUGAGCUCAAGAAAGAGAACCCCGGGGGCCUUGUUCUCCGACCGAAUGCUUUUGACCUAAGCAACCGCGACACCCCGGCUGCUAUCCUACGCAAGCAGAAGUCCUUGAAUAUGACCUUCAGUGCCCGACUGCUGCCGACAUCCUCUGGCCUCGGCUACGGCGAGAUCGUCGGAGUCAGCGCCUAUCGGAGUGAGCUGCAACACCAGGACAUUGGUGUUUCUGGUUGUGUAAACAGCACAGGAAUGUGCAUCUAUACCACGUUAAUGAUGAACAACACAGUUCAGUAUACCCAGGUGCCGCUGAAUUCGUCGACGAUCCCAUCCGACCUGACCCUUCACAUUCGAGCUGAGCCCUUGUCCUACCAUCUUGGGUACAGCCAGGAUAUGCAUGGCCCGAGAACAUGGUUGGCCGAACUCUCGUCGUCGUGGUUGGCGUUUGCGCCCGAGAAUUAUUUUGUAUUCGCCGGCGCCAGCUUCGCGCUGUUUGCGACCGGGACCGGCAAGCCCUGGCCGCCCCAUGCCCCUGACGUUGGCUUUGCAGAGGUUAGGGAAACGUAUUUUGAGGAGGAUAUCCCGGACUACGAUGAUUGGUGA